AUGGCCCCGACACGCAACAAGGCAAACAAGACUACCAACAAGAAGACUGCCAGCAUGAAGGUCAACAAGAAGAUCGCCAAAGCCCCCCAUCCUCCUGUCGAUCUCGACAAGCUUUUCCCGCCCUGGGGCUCCGAAGAGGCCUUGAACCAGACGGCAAAUAAGGAAGCUACUGAUAUCACCCUAGCCGUGUACCACGACAUCAACGCCUACUGUGAGCUUGAGAGACUUGCGGGAGAGAAAGUUUAUGGUUGUCCAGAGACGUUCUCCAACCUGCGUGCCUUUACGGAAAGAUUUGUGGAGCGGGAAAUCGGCGACUACAUGUCCUGCGUGAAAUCCUUCAAGGCGGAACAUGGUGAGCUCCAACCCGUCACACCUAACAGCAGAUUCUUAGAGUUCGUUACUGCACUCGGAUGGAAGAUGUUUGCUAUCUGUUCUCAUGCCGAAUCAUUCCGGCGAGGUAUCAAAGAAGCCGACGAUAGAGCCUGGGGCUGCCUGCUCCAGAAGAUUCACGAAAACUCCCUGAGUAUUGAAAUUUACGCGCACAGCCGUACCCUGAAGUGGCGUAACAUUCUCUGGAUCCAUCAGAAUUACCCCAUUCCAGGCCUGCCAGAUAUGAAACCCGAACUCGAGACAUACAUGAACUGGAAAAUCGACCACCCUCACCACACAGUCAUCACGCUCGACGGUAAGCUGAAGGAGCCUACCUACAACGGUCAGUUACAGAAGCACAUUAACGAGAGUAUCUAUGAUCCCAAGAUGUGGAAUGGUCGGAAACAGGACCCGACGCUUCGCCAGAAGCCCAAUGGCACUCCGACCAACGUUGGACACGAAUGUGUUCUAUGUGGCAGCCUUGUUUCUUGUGAUUGCCGCUUGGAAAGUCGGGCAGGAGAACUGGUUGAGCUGAGAGAAUACCGCGGGACUGGUACUGGUAUUCGAUCGCUGACGAGAUUCCGGCGUGGUGAUAUUCUCGAUAUAUUCAUGGGUGAGCUCCUUCCUGAUAUCGUAGAGAAGGUCUAUCCUCUGACGCAAAACGAUGACAAACCUAAUACAACUACUGCUACAGUUCGCAAUUUGUGUACAAUUUGCCCCCACCAGUUUGGCAACUGGACCCGUUUUAUCAGUCACUCGUGCCGGCCCUCAACGCAGUUCAUGGCUCGUACCAUUGGAGACCGAGUUGUGUGCACAGUUGAGGCCAUUCGUGAUAUUCUGCCAUUUGAAGAGGUCACCGUUGGUGUUAUCUCAAGACACCAGAAUGAUCGAGCAACAUAUGUCUCUUUAGACGCAAGAAGUAAUGCUCUCGCUCGGGGACUGGGAUCAGUGGGUGUUGGGAAGGGCGAGCGGGUUGGAGUCAUGCUUGGGAACUCGAUGGAAUACGCUGUGGCAACAUACGCGUUAUUCAAACUUGGUGCCGUUUUGGUUCCGCUCAAUCCGUCUUUCAAUACUGCACAAGUGAUUGCAGCCCUGGGCCACCUACAAUCCAGUCAUCUUUUAAUCAGCACAGAGUCCAAUUUGCCCCGGAAAAAACCACGCAGCAAUGUUCCCUUGCUCGAUGACCUUGUUGAAGACCUCCAUAAGUCAAACUUGGAGUCCGCAUUGGUCCCUUCUCUGAAGAAUAUCAUUAUGGUCGACAACUCCGAAGGUCGCGUGGAUAUAUCUUCCUAUCAAAGCUUGACACCAUAUGCGUCCAUUAUGUCCCAGCUUACUGCAGACGGCUACCCGCUUCCUCCUCGGGAUCUCUCGCCGGAUGAAACUGUGAAUAUCCAGUUCACGUCAGGAACCACAUCAAUGCCGAAGGCAGCAUGCCUCACCCAUCGCUCUAUCCUUAACAACGGCUCUCAGAUCGGCGAUCGCAUGCUCCUCACGCCGAAUGAUAUUGUCUGUUGCCCGCCGCCGCUGUUUCAUUGCUUCGGCGGUAUAUUAGGCUAUAUGGCGACAGCAACCCACGGCUCGGCCAUCGUCUUCCCCAGUGAGUCCUUCAAUGCUCGUGCUGCUCUAGAAGCAGUUCAAGAAGAGAAAUGUACCGCGCUGCACGGUGUACCGACAAUGUUCCUCGAAGAGCUGAGCAUGAUCGAGACGGGAGAAAUCUCAAGUGAAGGUUUCCAGCACCUUCGCACGGGCAUCGCUGCUGGAAGCAGUAUUCCGUCUGAGAUAAUGAAAAAAAUGCACAAGGUGCUGAAUCUGACUGAAUUGACAAUUUGUUAUGGAAUGACGGAAACAAGCCCCGUCUCGGCUAUGACAACGACAGACGAUCCCAUCGACAAGCGGAUCUACUCUGUCGGAAAGCUCAUGCCACAUGUCGAGGCAAAAAUUGUGGACCCGGUGGACAAGAAAGAAAUUCUGCCUAUAGAGAGACGGGGCGAGUUGGCAGUGAGUGGGUAUCUGCUAAUGAAGGAAUACUGGGCCGAUCCAGAAAAGACAGCGGAGGUGAUGAUUCCAGAUAACACUGGCAAGGUGUGGAUGCAUACUGGAGACGAAGCUUCUAUGUCACCAGAUGGAUAUAUCACUAUCACUGGACGGAUCAAAGAUCUGAUCAUCCGCGGCGGCGAGAAUAUACACCCCCUAGAGGUGGAGAAUUGUUUGCUAGCCAACGAUGGCGUUGCAGAUGUGUCGGUAGUCGGCGUCCCGGACGUGAGAUAUGGCGAGGCAGUGGCUGCUUUCGUUGUUCCUCGGGACCAUGGCUCAAAGACACUCACUGCUGAGGAUAUUCAGCAAUGGGUGCGUGAAAAGCUUAGCAACCACCUUAUUCCGAAGCAUGUCUUCUUUUUGGGCCCCUUGGAGCCUUUCCCCAAGACAGCAAGUGGAAAGAUUCAGAAGUUCAAGCUCAGGGAGAAGGCCAUUUCACUUUUGGCCAAAAGCGCUGCAUGA